UCUCACCCAUUCUCUUAUAUGUAUAUGUGGGAUGUUUUAGGACUCAGUGGCCUUUGAGGAUGUUAAUGUGGAGUUCACCAAGGAGGAGUGGGCUUUCCUGGAUCCCACCCAGAAGAAACUCUACACAGAUGUGAUGCUGGAAACCUUCUGGAACCUGGCAUCAGUAGCAUGUAUUUUAGAAGAACAAUGUGACGACCAUGACAGUGAAGAUCAGUAUGAAAAUCAUUGGAUGCAUCUUAGUCAUAUGGUAGAGAGACUCUAUACAAGGAAGGAUGGUAGUCAAUGCAGAGAAAACUUCAGCCAGAUCCCCAAUAAUAAUGAAAAGAAGGAAAUUCCUGAAAUAAAACAACCUAAAUCCAGGUUGUGUAGGCAAAUCUUCAUACAUUAUUUAUCCUUGAAUAACCACCUGAGCUCUCACAUUGGACCCAAACUGUACCUGUGUCAGGAAUAUGAAGAAAAACGUUAUAAAUAUAAGGAAGCUGAGAAAGCUUUCAAGCCUCACCAACAUAUUCAGAGUCAUGAAGGCAGCCACUGCAAGAAAACUUUUCACUAUUCAACUUCCCUUAGAAAUCAUGAAAGAACACAUAUUCCUGGGAUACCGAAUGAGUGUGAGCAAUAUGGAAAAGGCUUUAGUCAUCUCACUUACUUUAAACUUCACAAAAAUACUCAUAGUGGAGAGAAACCGUGUCAAAGUAAGCAAUGUGGCAAAGCUUUCAGUUCUUUCAAGUACUCUGGAGAAAAUGAAAGACACACUGCAGAAAAGCCCUAUCAAUGUAAGAAAUCUGGAAUAGUUUUCAGUUCCACUUCUCUUAGAAGUCAGGAAAAAACACACUCUGGUGAGAAACCUUAUGAAUGUGGGAACGUCUUCAGUUGGCUCAGCUCUCUUGGAAAACAUAAAAGAA